CUUUAACAAACCCCCUGACCCUGAUCUCUCCUCUCAGGUGAUCCAAGGCUGGCUCUUCCUCUCCUCCCUCCUCCUGCUCUUCUUCUUCUCCUACAUCUACCUCAAGGAGGUUUUCAAGACCUACAACGUGGCCAUCGACUACUUCACGCUGGCGAUCAUAGUGUGGAACUUCGGGGUGGUGGGCAUGAUGUGUAUUCACUGGAAGGGUCCUCUGCGGCUCCAGCAGGCCUACCUCAUCAUGAUCAGCGCCCUCAUGGCCCUCGUCUUCAUCAAGUACCUGCCCGAGUGGACCGCCUGGCUCAUAUUAGCCGUCAUAUCCGUCUACGAUCUGUUGGCGGUGCUCUGUCCCAAAGGGCCCCUGAGGAUCCUGGUGGAGACGGCUCAGGAGAGGAACGAGCCCAUCUUCCCCGCCCUCAUCUACUCCUGUAAGAAACUCUGAAUACAACAAAGAGACGAGUCAAUGGAAAAAGGCUCAUAAAAUAACACUUCAACUCCUUUUAGCGUCUGCACUCCCCCUGAGUCUAAUGAGCAGUUAAAAGGUCUUCCACAGCACUCUGCCUUUUAAUGCUGAUAUGCAUUGAUAAUUCUGUCUAUCGAAAAAU